CUCAGGGGGAUACUCAAGGCUGGUUUGCUUGAGGAUACACCCAACUUUCUGCCUCAUGCACCCAACAGAAACUUUUGUCUCAUUUACUUCCAUUGAUGGCUCUAAGCAUGAAAUUUGGCCAGAAUCUGGGAAGCAGAUUUUUGAAGGGGAUCUUCGGCCUAAUGGUGAGUGGAUGCUUGUUGACAAAUGCCUUGGGUUGGGACUUGUCAAUCGCUUUGAUGUUAGUGAGGUGUUCAAGUGCUUCAUCGACUGGGGAGCGGGGAUGGUUAGCUUGGAAAUGUGGUCUGAGGAGCGACCUGUAUCGAAAGAAUCGCCUCUCAAAAUUUCCCACGAGUAUGAGGUGAGAGAAAUCUCUUAGGCACUCUACCAGUUAUAUGACUCGAAAUCUGGUCUAUGAUCUAUAUGGUAUCUACAGUAAGACAUACUUAAGGGAAGUCUUCUAGCACAUAUCUUUGAUGCUUCAAUGGUUGUUCAAAACUUUAUGAAGUUUCGGAGACCACUAUAAAUCAGCAUGGAAACGGACCCAUAUAUGAAAUCUC